AUGCCCCCAACCUUCCAACUCUUCACCUCCCUCCGCUACGACCCCCUCCUCCUAACCAGCCCCGAAAACUCCCGCCCGGAUCUGAACUUCCUUGCCCCCUCGCCUUUCUACAUGCUCGCCUACCACCGCGACCGCAUGGUCGAAGCCGCGCAGCACUUUGACUUCGCGCCCGUGGUCGCCGCGCUCGCCGACGGCGCCGCCCUGCACGCCACGCUACUCGGGGAAGUGCGUGCGUGGCAGGAGAAAGAGGGGAGCCGUGACGGGCCGCUGAAAGUGCGCGUCUGCUUCGACGCCGCGGGGAGCAUGACCGUGAACUUCGUGCCUGUCCCGCCGGUCCCGCUGGCCACGCUGUACCCGACGAGUUUCGCGCCGCCGCGCGAGCCGGCGCAAAAGCACCCCGCGCAGGCCUUCACGCCGUCGCCGCUGACAGGCGGACCCUCCGACUCGCUGCCCGCGGGGAACCAGGACCCCAACGCCGCCCCCAGAGCAGCAGAGUGGCUGCUCCACCUCGACACCGCGCCGACCCCGCGCACGCCCUUCACGCUGCUGAAAACCACGCAGCGGGGCCCGUACACCGCGAGUCGGGCGCGGGCGAUUCCUGCUGUCAAACCGGCAGUUUCGUCUGACCCGCCGAGUGCACCGAGUUCAGCAGCCGUCUCCCCCGCGGCACUGACGGACGUGAUCCUCUUCAACGCCGUGCGCGAAGUCACAGAGUCCACGCUCGCAUCGCUGUAUUUCUGGCGUGGCGGGAAAUGGGUCACGCCGCCCGUGGGCGUGCCGGAGGCGUACAAACUGCCCUCUGCACACCCUCCCACCGCCGCAGACGAAGGCGAACUCCGCGCCCCCUUCGCCGGCCGCUGGGGCCACAGCGUGCGCAGCGCCAAAGUCGGCGCCGGCGGACAGCGCGGCACGAGUCGGCGGUGGGCGCUGGGGAAGGGGUUUUGCAUGGAGGAGGGCGUGGAUGUAGAGACGGUGCGGGUUGGGGAGGGGGUGUGGGUUAGCAAUGGGGUGAGGGGGUUUGGGUGGGGGAGGGUUGUUGGGUAG